ACCGUGCCAGGUCCAGUAAGGGACAUCAUAAGUGUGUUACUCUCUGACACAUAGAAUUUCGAGUUCGAACACUAUGCUGCCUUCAGAAGAGGUGAGAUAAACCCCGUUAAAUGACCUCAGGAUUGACUCAUUCAUUGCCCUCACUCUGCCGAAGUGCACACCCACCCCCGAUCCCCAUCUCGAAAUAUGCGCCAUGGCAACAGUACUAAUGUGACAUGCGUGCGCAUUCCUGCAAUAGCAAGAGUCAGCACUGAAUCAAGCCAGUUUGUGUUCUGAUGAGCGAUGGUCUGCGAGUACCUGUGGAUAUUUUUCAUUUCAUGAAAGUAUAGGGGCGAGGGACCAUGCAUGCCCAAUUCUUGUGUUGAUGUUCUUGUAGUCGUUAGGCAGAAAGGUUUGUAAGAAAUGAGUCACUGGCUUCGCUGAACAAUGUCGUGACUGCUGAACAUCGACUGCUCAAAUCACGUAGGGAUCCGAUCGUAGCAAGUCAAGCAAGAUCUAGUGGUGAUCAUUUUUCAGAAUGAUGAGGAGUUGCCUUUCGUCACAGACGCUGAAGAAGGACGUCGUAGACUCCCUGCGGCCAUCUCGACGUCGACGAAUUGCCACUGCGUCUCCGAAUCCAGAGAAACGAAAGGCCUUUCAGCAGAUCUUCGGCGGGCAGCCUCUUCCUCUCCCCAAACCUGAACCAUGCGUGGGAUCAGAAUUGCUGUUAGCAGGUCAUGGCAAUCUGUCGUCGUCAUUCUUUCAUAUAUCGAACUUCAGCCAAUUCGACGAAGACGAUUCUCAGAUCAUUUGUACUAGGAAGUCGAGGAUACCACUUCGCUUCCCCCCUCCCCCUGCCUCAUCCCCUUCGUCCUCUGGUAAAUGCUCCCCGUCGGCGAGGCUAGUGCCGGGUGACUGCAAGGAGGUCCCAGUGCAGGAGCAUCCAUCGCCAGCACAGGGCGACCCAGCCCCACCGCCUCCGUGGUCUUCCUCCUCCUCAUUGUCACUCAAUGAUUCUUCUUCUUCUUCUUCACCUCCGUGGUGCAGCUCGCCAAUGACAACGCCACAGUUACCAUCUCAACCACCCGCUCUCGAAACCACUCCUCUCUUGCAAGCUGCAGCGUUGCCCUGUUCAAAAAUAACAACAUCGGAUGGUAUCGAAGCCAGUACGCCAUCUUCCUCGUUAAUACCAACACCACCGUCUUUAAACAAAACUUGUGGUGGUGGGUCCGCGGCGUCCGAGGUUCUGGAGGUCGCGACCUACAUAGGAAACGAUGUGAAGGCUUUUGGAUUUGAUGAAAUAAAUAGAGCGUGCAGUGAAGGCAGCAGUGAGCGUGGAGUUGUGAUUGUCGGCGACGUGAGCAUCAUCACAACGUGGAUUGGUAAAGACGAUGCAGCGAGGCGGAAAUUGGUAGCUGUCGUUUGCAAGCACCGCAAUAGCCAUCAGGAGUGGAAGGACUGGGCUGCAAAGGUGAAUCUCCUCUCCCGGGUGGACGACCACCACAUCUGCAAGCUUCAGGGUUACUGCGGCAGUGAAGCAGAGCAAAUCCUGGUGUAUGAGCACGUCUGCGGUGGCAGCCUGAGUGACUAUCUUUUCGGAAGUUUGUGCAAGGCCCUCUUGGGCUGGAAAUCCAGAGUGAGAAUCGCCCUCGGUGCUGCCCGCGCCUUGGCCUACAUCCAUGACCUCGCUCCUAUAGAGGUUGUAUACAAAGACUUCAAAAGUUCAAGCGUUUUGCUGGACUUAGACUUCUCUGUGAAGCUUGCGGGGCAAGGUUUGGAUGUGAUCGCUUGGAGGGAGGAUAAACUAAACAAAGCAGCAUCCAAGGUUUUGAGGAAAAGUGAAGCUUCCGCCAAAAGAAAUAUUCGAAGCUUCGGGGUGUUUCUCCUCGAGCUUUUGACGGGCAAGUCCAUCGCCGGGGAGAGGUUUCUAAAUGACGAGAAGCUUUACACACAGUGGGCCAAGCCUUACCUUCGAGCUGAUCUGGAACAGCUUUCGACCAUCAUCGACGCACACAUACGGCGACAAUAUCCGUGCCCAGGGUUGAAAAGAGUUGCAGCUUUGACGCUGCAGUGCUUGAGCAAGGACCCCAUCAAGAGACCGAGCAUCUCCGAUGUUGUUGAGGUGCUCGACAACACCAUGAUUCUGCAGCCUGCUUGUAAAGCCGUUCGCAACAGCGACAUGAACAAGUGCAUGUGAUUUCCAAGAUUCAGCCAACCUCCUUUCAGAGGCUUUUCUAGAACACUCUCCAACAAAGUGUUGUAGUCCAUCGAAAAUUAGGUUGAAGAUUGUAAUUUUUCUCAACUACCAGGCGGUCAUUGAUAAAAGAAGAAAGAAGAUCAGUCACCAAUAUGUGUAGAAUCCCUUGUAAAAAAUUGUAACUGAUCUUUCCAAAUUAAACUAUCCCACUUCCUAAUGGGCUCUUCGACGUACUAGUGUUACACCAGUCAAAUGAAAAUUUGGAAACUACAAAGUGGAAGGAGAAUACGAGCAGGCCAGCAAACUUUGAUGACUUUAAGAUUUAGUAUAAACAAUGCUGCUACAAGAUCAUCAAUUUGCGAGUUAGAAAAACCUUAGUUAUUAACUUUUGCUUCAUUAAUUAUAUUACAUGCGAGUUUUGGGUA